GCUCCCGGGUCCCCGGCGGGGCCAUGCCCGUGCUGCGCCGGGACCGCCUGCUGACCCUGCUGCUGCUGGGCGCGCUGCUCUCCGCCGACCUCUACUUCCACCUCUGGCCCCAGGUGCAGCGCCAGCUGCGGCCCCGAGAGCAGCCGCGGGGCUGCCCGUGCGCCGGCCGCGCCUCCUCCCCGGCCCCGGCCCCCGCCGCAGCCUCCUCGGACCCGCGCACGGCCGCGCACAACUUUUCCCGAGCCGGGCCCCCGGCCGAGCAGGACGGCGGCGGCCGCAGCGGCCCCGGCUCCAAGCUGCAGGCCCUCUUCGCCCACCCGCUGUACAACGUCCCGGAGGAGCCGCCUCUCCUCGGGCCCGAAGACUCGCUCCUGGCCAGCCAGGAGGCGCUGCGGUAUUACCGGAGGAAGGUGGCCCGCUGGAACAGACGACAAAGGAUGUACAAGGAGCAGCUGAACCUUACUUCCUUCGACCCCCCACUGCAGCUGCGACUCGAGGCCAGCUGGGUCCAGUUCCACCUGGGGAUCAAUCGCCACGGGCUAUACUCCCGGUCCAGUCCUGUCGUCAGCAAACUCCUCCACGACAUGAGUCGCUUUCCCACCAUCAGUGCUGAUUACAGCCAGGACGAGAAAGCCUUGCUUGGGGCGUGUGACUGCACGCAGAUUGUGAAACCCAGUGGGGUCCACCUCAAGCUUGUUCUGCGGUUCUCGGACUUCGGGAAGGCCAUGUUCAAACCCAUGAGACAGCAGCGAGAUGAAGAGACGCCCGAGGACUUCUUCUAUUUCAUUGACUUUCAGAGACACAAUGCUGAGAUUGCUGCUUUCCAUCUGGACAGGAUUCUGGAUUUCCGACGGGUGCCACCAACAGUGGGAAGGCUAGUCAAUGUCACCAAGGAAAUCCUGGAGGUCACCAAGAAUGAAAUCCUGCAGAGCGUUUUCUUUGUCUCUCCAGCCAGCAACGUGUGCUUCUUUGCCAAGUGUCCAUACAUGUGCAAGACUGAAUACGCUGUCUGUGGCAACCCACACAUGCUAGAGGGUUCCCUCUCCGCGUACCUGCCAUCUCUCAACCUGGCCCCCAGGCUGUCUGUGCCCAACCCGUGGAUCCGCUCCUACUCACUGGCAGGAAAAGAGGAGUGGGAGGUCAAUCCACUUUACUGUGACACAGUGAAACAGAUCUACCCGUACAAUAGCAGCAACCGGCUCCUCAACAUCAUCGACAUGGCCAUCUUCGACUUCUUGAUAGGAAACAUGGACCGUCACCAUUAUGAGAUGUUCACCAAAUUUGGGGAUGAUGGGUUCCUUAUUCACCUUGACAAUGCCAGAGGGUUUGGACGACACUCCCAUGACGAAAUGUCCAUCCUCGCACCGCUCUCCCAGUGCUGCAGGAUAAAAAAGAAAACACUUUCGCACCUGCAGCUGCUGACACAAGCCAACUACAGACUCAGUGAUGUGAUGCGGGAGUCACUGCUAGAAGAUCAGCUCACCCCCGUCCUCACAGAGCCCCACCUCCUUGCCCUGGAUCGGAGACUCCAAAUCAUCCUGAAGACAGUGGAGGAGUGCAUAGAGGUCCAUGGAGAGCACAGUGUCAUAGCCAGCGGCCCAGCAGAACAGUCGGCCCCAGACUCUGGCCAGGCCAACUUGACAAGCUAGGGGCUGGACAAGUCAAAUUUCAGAAACUACACCUGGAGCCGGCAGGGGACUCUGGAGUGUGGACCUCACGCUCACAUCCUCCAUCAAUGCUAGAGGUUCUGGGUCAUGAGCUCAGAAAGCAGAUAGGGACACUGGGAUGAUUCUAAAAGAGCAAAAGAAGUGGGAUCCACCGAACUUUCUUCCUUGGUGCACUGCUUGGACUGCCUUGGCUCCCUCUUUCCAAGAAAGGACUGUUUCAUCAACAACACAGAACACCUCCUGAGCCCACUGGGAAAUCUGGAUGUGGGUCAGGUUCGGAAGGUCUGAAAGCCCUGCUCCUAGGAGAGUAUUAACUCUAACAAAUAAAAUAAAAGGACAUCAAGUGGA